AUGCCAGAAGGACUGGUUCGCUGUGUGUUCAUAGAAAGCACACUGAGAGAAAUUAAGACCGAAAAGUCUCACAUCACCUGGGUUUAUCUGCGGUCAGAUGAAGCUGGCUGUUAUCAUAAUAACUCCCUCAUUGCAGCAGCAAGAGGAAUUGAUAAGCGAGUUGGUUUAGAAGUUUGUCGGUACGACUUUUCAGAGCCACAAUAUGGUAAGGAUGUAUGUGAUAGAAUUCUGUGUCCGAUGAAAACAUGCAUCCGACGUUUCUGCAACGAAGGACACGACAUUCAAUCAGCGGGAGACAUUAGGAGGGCACUUUCUGAAAGACCAGUGAAAGGUACAUCCGCAUGCGUUUGCGAAGUUGACGAGGCGAAGAUAACCGGCCUAGAAGUGAACAAGAUAGAUGGUUUUAGCAAGCUUCACAAUGUCCAGUUUGAGGAGAAAGGUAUUCGUGUGUGGAGGUCGUACCGAAUAUGGCGUGGCAAGGAAAUCUCUUUUGACCAGCUGGUGUUAAAGGGCCAAGGGGACACUGGUAUCGUUGUUAGUGAAAAAUCUUUCCCUCUUCAUGAUGCACGUGUUUAUCAAUGCUCAGAUCCUGUGACAGAGAGUUCAGAAGAAGAGAAUGACUGGGACGAUUCGAAUAUAAGCAUGUUUGAAUGUUCCGAGCCUGGAUGCGUGAAGAGUUUCCAAACAUUUUCAGAGCUCGAGUCACAUUUGGACGUAGGGGAUCAUUGCGUCAAAGAUGAAAGGCCGUCAGAAACGUUAUAUGACAAGCUUCGAAGAGAUUGGGCAGACAGAUUUAUUACGUCAGUCAACGUCACUGAAAAUGAACCGUCUGAACCUAAUAUCUGCCAAAGUGAAAAUGUCUCAAUACCCGCGUUGCACACUGUCAUUAUGGGCUGGGCCCUACACAGGCCACGAGCAGGAUCCAUUAGAUUAACUGACAAAGUUAAGAAAUAUCUAACUGCAAAGUGUGACCUAGGGGAAUAA